AAAUGAGACUUGUACGUGUUGACAGUUUAUGAAUAUUUCCACAGGGUGGCAAUAUUGAUAUAGUGAAUGGAAAGUUACAGUGGGCUCCAGACGGUGUUACUAUUCUUUGGACAUACAAUGAACCAUACUACUGAUUGUCAUCACAGGUGAAGAUAAGUAAUGGUGGCACAAACAGAUAAGCCAAUGUAUGUUCUUAGCGUUAUCAUCCAAAUACAUUUAAACGAGUAUUAUAAUAGUAUGUGGUCGCCGCGUCUUAGUGUCGCGCAUGCGCACAGAUGAAGGCACUUGAGCUAACGGCUAACAUUAGCUGAUAGGCUAAGACCUGCGUCGCUGCAGUAACUGCUCCACACAUCACACACGACGUAGCGCUAGCAAGAAGAGCAAGACUAGCAUCACCGAGAUAUCUACAGAAAAACUACAUCCACACAAGGUUAGUUCUUCUGCGAGAAACUCAACAGCUGCAUUGCAUACGGUCACCGAUCUUUACUGUCAUUUUGAGGGUCGGGGUGUCCCGGUGCAACACAGGAUUGACUAUGUUGAACCCGACCAAUGGCGACCCAGGCCAUGUUGUUGUCAAGUAUGUUGAGGAAUAUUUGGACCUGGUGGAAUCGCUGCCCUUUGAUUUACAGAGGAGUGUGUCCCUCAUGAAGGAAAUUGACGCCAAGUAUCAAGAUGUUCUUAAGGAGCUUGAUGAUGCUUAUGAACGAUAUUGUCGAGAAUCUGACUCGCUUCAAAGGCGCAAACUUCAGUUAUCUAUUCAGCGUGCACUGAUUCGCAGUCAAGAACUUGGAGAUGAAAAGAUUCAGAUUGCUGGUCAAAUGGUGGAGUUGGUUGAGAACCGAACAAGACAAAUAGAUUGGCAUUCUGAAGUUCUGCUUUCCUCACAAGAAGUACCAGAGAGUCAUGUUACCACGGCAACAUCACUGACAACCACCGCUUCAUCCAUGAUGUCAUCAUCCUCAGUGAACAUCACUCCAGGCAAAACUGGCCACCAUGACAAAAAGCGUGAUGAAGUUACCUCAGGCUCAGGAGGAGGAGACAAAGCUGGGGGGAAGCGAUCAAGACGUCAAAAAAAUGGAGAAAAUCGGGAGAGUUACGGGGGUCUGGAUCAUGCUGAAGAAGUUGGAGUAGGCGUAUCUCGGGAAAAGAGGGCAAAAGCAUCCUCUAAAAAGAAGAAAAGGUCAAAAGGAAAGUCUGAGCGGGAAGUGUCGCCUCCAGACCUGCCCAUUGAUCCAGAUGAGCCGACAUACUGCUUGUGUGAACAGGUUUCCUAUGGCGAGAUGAUUGGCUGUGAUAAUGAUGAAUGUCCCAUUGAGUGGUUUCAUUUCUCCUGCGUAGGGCUCCAUCAUAAGCCCAAAGGCAAGUGGUUCUGCCCCAAGUGUAGGGGUGAGAAUGAGAAAACAAUGGACAAAGCCUUAGAGCGGGCCAAGAAGGAGAGGGCGUACAACAGGUAGCUCACUCUGCCCAGCCUAAUGAACACUGUAGAAUAAAAACGUUAACGUCUUGUUCGUGUCAAAUUGCUGUUAAAGCUGUUUUAAAAGAGUAACAAACUGAAGAGAGUGAUCUUGUAAAUAAUUAUUUUUGUAAUUGCUACAUAGAUGAGAACUAAGGCAACUCCCUCCUGAUCAGAAUAAUUUGUGAAGAAAGGACAUAGUACAAUCUGCAUGUUUGUAACCGGACGUCUUGCACUUACAGCCGCUUUAUUUUCCACAUGCAUGCAACAUCACUCACUUAUACUUGUUCAAGUAAUAAAAUUAUUUCUCAACAGCA